AUGAUGGAGACCGGGUUCUUCCUGCGGAUCAAGAUGGACGAGGAGAUGGACGUCAAGGUAGACAAGAGACUCCCGGAAAAAGCAGACAAGACCAUGUGUGCUUGCGGAUCGGGAAGAACCUACUACCGUUGCUGUCGCGACCAUCACAACUGUGCCGGAGCUCCGGAAGAUCCUGUGGACCUCAUUCGAGCUCGAUACAGCGCCUUCGCUUACCGACUUCCCUCCUUUAUCAUCCGCACAACCUCGCGCAAGAGCAAAGAAUGGACCAAGAAGUGGAUGAAAGAAUUGCUGGACUUCAUGGACUCCUACAAGUUCGAAACAUCCAAGGGAGACCCUCUUGGGAUUGAGAUACAAGAAUGCAUAUUCUCCGACAAGCAGAACGCGUACAUUCAGUUCCAGGCAGACAUGGUGGGGGAAGGCGACAGGCUUGUGAGCUUCGUUGAGCGAUGUAAGCUGCGUCGCGAGGACGAUGGCUGGUAA